AUGGAGUCUGGUUUUGUUGCGCGAUACUUUUGCGAUAACAACUCCUUCGAACAAGACCGCUAUGGUAACACGCACAAGAUCCCGUACCCUGUUGUGCCGCGCCGCUCCACUCACUCGAUGCUCGGUCCUAUACAAUGGAGACCACAGGUCAAGGAAAAUCCUGGUUUUGAGAGGUAUCUCAAGAACACAGCCCUAGGCCUGCACGCCGAGACCUGGAAGGGAUGCCAAGUCAACUACGUUGGUUUCUGGAAGCACCACGGCGACGAGCAGAAGUUGAGGCAGUAUGUCGACCCUGACUGGGCUUAG